AUGCCCCAGCUCAACCCAAACCCAUGAUUCUUCACCAUAAUCAUAUCCUGAACGAUCUUCCUACUGCUCAUCCAACCAAAACUCCUGUCAUUCACCCACAUAAACCUCCCGUCCAAUAAAACCUUAUCUACCCCUAACCCAACCCCCUGAACCUGACCAUGAACCUAA